AAGAAAACGAAAUGUUUUCAAUAUAGGCGACUUCAUUGUAUAUAAGAUACCCUACUUUAUCGCUUCAGGAAACGGUUGGGCUUUUGCAAGAGCCCGGCGACAGCUUUGUGAGGAUAGCCUGCUUCCGCUUUACUAAGCUUAAAAAUAAACGCGUACCACUCAGCUUUAAAAAAAUGUCUAGCACUUCUGUAGAACUUACCCCUCGGACGCCUUGCAUAGUAAGUGCGGUUAGGACUCCGUUGGGUGCGUUUCAAGGCUCUCUAGCAGCUUAUACGGCUACAGAGCUCGGAGCAUUUGCGAUACGAGCCGCUCUGGACCGCGCCCGCCUGCAUCCCGGCCAGGUGGACGAGGUGCUGCUGGGCAACGUGCUGGCAGCCAACCUGGGGCAGGCGCCCGCCACGCAGGCGGCGCUGGGUGCAGGUCUGCCGCCCUCCACCCCUGCCACCCUGGUCAACAAGGUGUGCAGCAGCGGACUGAAGGCGGUCAUGCUGGCGGCGCAGGCGGUGAUGGCGGGCUCCGCCGACGUGGUGGUGGCGGGCGGCAUGGAGAGCAUGAGCAACGCGCCGCACUACCUGCCCGGGGCACGCAGGGGGAUUAGGAUGGGCGACGGCUCCCUGGUUGACGGUCUGGUGAGGGACGGUCUGUGUGACCCCUACUCCGACAUCCACAUGGGCAGCUGCGCGGAGCUGUGCGCGGAGAGGUUCGGAAUCGGGCGCAGGCAGCAGGACGAGCACGCCCUUCAGAGCCACCAGCGCGCAGUGGCGGCGGCCGCAGCGGGCUUCACGGCAGCGGAGAUCGUGCCACUCCCCAAGCAUGGCAUUUCCGACCGCGCCACCCCGCCGGCGGCGGCCAACCCCGGCGGAGCGACGAUUGGCACACCCGGUGGCGCCGCCGCCAGCGGUACACCGCAUUCGCUGCUGUCAACAGUGGCGGCGGCCGCGGCGGCGUCAGUCGCCGCCGCCGGGGGCCCUGGCGGCGCCGCCGGCGGGGUGCCGUACAUUUGGGAGGACGAGACCUUAUCCAAGAUGGACCCGGUACGGCUGCCGGCACUGAAGCCGUACUUCCGGCGCGACGGCGGCGGCACUGUGACGGCGGGCAACGCGUCUCCCAUGACUGACGGCGCGGCGGCCCUGGUUGUGGCGAGCUAUGAGGCGGUGCAGCGGCUGGGCCUGCCUCUCCUGGCCGUCAUUCGCGGCUUCGCAGACGCCGCCCAGGCCCCCGAGUGGUUCACCACCGCUCCCGCUCUGGUGGUACCUCGGGCGCUGCGGGCCGCCGGGGUGGCGGCGGUGGGGGAGGUGGAUUGGUGGGAGGUGAACGAGGCGUUCAGUGUGGUGGACGUGGUCAACAGACAGCUGCUGGGGCUGCCGGCGGACAGGGUCAACGUGCACGGCGGCAGUGUGGCGCUGGGCCACCCCAUCGGCGCCAGCGGGGCGCGCAUCCUGGUGACGCUGCUCAACGUGCUGCGGUGCCGCGGGGGGCGGCUGGGCUGCGUGGCGGUGUGCAACGGCGGCGGCGGCGCAUCCAGCAUGGUGGUGGAGGUGGUGGAGGGGCGGGAGGGACAGGGGGGGAUGGGGCAGCGGGUGCCGUCUGCGGCGUCGCUGCUGCGGCAGCAGUCGCAGCUGUAGAGGUGGGGGGGUUUACAAGCACUGCAGGGUGGAGGGAAGGCAGCGGCUGCAGGUACGCAGGCUUGGUGGCCGCCUUCGCCCAUGCUUGAGGACUGCUUGGAGGCUGGGGGUUGCUGAUUGGGGGCACG